AUGAGUAGUGCUGAGAACGUCACUUCAGGUAAACUCAAAGGUACCAGCGACCUGGCUCCCACCUUGCCUGGAUCCUCCCAGGAAUCUUCAGGCUGCACCCUGCUGAUUGACAGUGAGAGAACUUUCAUCAGAUCUCCAGGAGAGUCUGUUCUGCUGCCCUGCCCCUGUCCUGCAGAGCAGAUCAACCCUGAUAGAGACACAUGGAGAUUCUCAGAGACAGAGACUGGAGAUCAGACUGCAGUGUGUAAUGACAGAGAAUCCUGCAGAGGCAGAAUUUGGAUAUUCGACCAAACACAUUCCAGAAAUUUCUCUCUCCUCAUCUCAGAUCUGACUAAAGAGGAUGCUGGAUUCUACACCUGCAGAGCUGAUGAGGGAGACAUGCCACAUAUCAUGCUACAGGUCAAAGGAGGGACACUGGAGGUAGGGUUCAGGGACUGGGCUGUGGGGCCAGGGGACUCUCAUCCUGCCUCGUGGGCCUCUCAUGGCCAUCAUCAGCGUGUCCUCUUUCUGCCAGCUGACAUCCUCCUCUCGCCGUCACUCACAUCCUUUGGCGGUGUUAGGGAUUCACACGCUAUCCGCUACUCACUCGCAGAUCUCUCCCCGUCAUCAUCACUGGGCUUUGUCGUCGCUUGUAGUUCUGGCCCCACCUUCCAGCUUGCUCUCACAGCCACCAUAGGGCCCAGGGGAUGGGCGCAUGCCAUAUGCUGCGCUCUGUCAGAGAAUAAACAGACUGUUCCAGUCAGUAGAUCCUCAGGAGGGUCUGUUCUUCUGUCCUGCACCUGCACUGACCUGCAGGACAGAGCUGAGAGAGUUCAGUGGAGAACACCAAACCAUGAAGAUCUCCUUCAGCGCUACAGCGGUCGAGUUCAGACGUUUAACCAGAACUCUCCAGGAAAUCUCUCUGUACUGAUCUCAGACCUGACUGAAGAGGACGGAGGAACAUAUUCAUGCUGGAUAAACCAGAAUCAGUACAGGAACUUCAGCCUCACUGUUAAAGGGAUCCCUGAACAAACCUCAGCUGGGACAACAGCUUCUCCACCUUCUUCUACUCCCGGUCUGAUUAUCAAGACUCUUGAAGCUUGCAAGGCUAAUGCCACCCUAGACUGUACAAACAACCUCUUGAGUCAGAUUGACAUCAUAGAUCAAGCGUUACCAAAGAAAGAUGUGGAGGACACACUGAAUUACCUUAUCACUCAACAAAACAGUCUCAUUACUGGAAAAACUAACCGAGAUGGACUAGUUUUCUCUUUCAAUAGAAUGCUGAAUGCCACUGAGAAACUGGUGUCUACUUUGGUGAAGACAGUAGAGACCAACUCUUCUGUUAGCAUCUCCCUUAAAAAUAUAGAGGUUCGUGUUUUUGUAGUUGGACAAAAUUCAUCCUUGAAGGAAAUGCUUCAGCUUCACACACCACAUGCUAAAAUGGACAUUGAUCUGAAUGGGAUUUCUAGAAAGAAAAUGAAUCAAGGGCACGCUGCUGUAGCCUUCAUGAGCUACACCAACAUGUUGAAUUCCAGCCUGUUCAGUGCCAAUACAUCCAACACAACAAAACGCAUCAUGUCUGCUGUGGUUUCAGCCACGCUCCCAAAAACCAACAACAGAAGCCUCGACAAACCAGUCAAUUUCACCCUGAAGCAUCUUGAAGAGUUGAAUCCCAAUUAUGUACAUUCCUGUGUGUACUGGAAUGAAACUGAUUGGGUCACAGAUGGCUGUGCACGUAUAAAGACCAACAGCAGCCAUACUGUGUGCUCCAGUACUCACCUAUCAACUUUCGCUCUUAUCAUGCAGAUCAACCCACGUCAGAGUGAACAUCGCUUUAAAGUGAUCAACAUGGUGGUCGUGUCAUUUGGGCUGGUGUUCCUGGGAUUGGCUCUGUUGACUUUUGCCCUCUGUCGGAAGAACCCGAGAGUGAUCAACGCGGCUCGAAUCAACCUGUGUAUAAGCCUGUUAUUGGGCCACCUUCUCUUCCUGCUCACACAAACAUUAGUGAAGAAAAAAUACCAGUUGGUGUGUGCAGUGCUGGCAGGCAUUGUGCACUUCCUCUUCCUCUCUGCUUUUGUGUGGAUGUUCAUUGAGGCACUGAUGCUCUUCCUCGCUAUAAAGAACCUAUCACGUCCUAAAUCAAAGCAUAAGGAGGUGCUUAACUGGAAGCUUUUAACUUCUGUGGGGUAUAUGGUGGCUUUGGUUGUGGUGGGCGUGUCUGCUGGAGUGGUACCUGACGGAUACAGCAGUGAAGAAUGCUGGCUUACGACAAGCAAAGGUUUCAACUGGAGUUUUCUGGGCCCUGUUUUUUUCAUCCUUGCAUCCAACAUGAUCCUUUUCAGUUUGAUUGCUAUCAGUCUGCGAUCUUCUCUGGCUCGCCUGAACAGUCAAGUUUCACAGAUAAAACAAACCAGGACUAUUUUCUUUAAAACCAUGGCCCAGUUUGUCAUCUUCGGUUGCCCCUGGAUACUGGGUGUCUUCACGGCCAACAGUGAGGCGCUAGAGAUUAUCUUCUUGAUCCUCAACUCUCAGCAGGGCACUUUCAUCUUUAUCGUCCACUGUGUCCUCAGUAAAGAGGUAAGGCAAAAAUACAGGAAGUUGCUGUGUGGUAGCUGUGUGACUACAUACUACGUAACUUCUGUCACUGAAGUCCAAACCACACAAGGAUGA